CCGAUGAUCGACCUGCAAAUCGUAGAGUACCCACGAUUCACAAAGGAGACUGCGAUUGCCAUUCACUCACCCACUCUCACUCAUACGCCAAGCCGCAACCAAAAAAAAAGCUUGAACACCUUAAAUCCCCUCCACCACGCACCGGCCAUGCCACGCACCAUACUCACAUCACAAUGCCCCGAAAAUCUAGCAAACGCGUUCUCUCGAACCUCGACGACCUGACGAGUUCCCCCCCGGAUGCGCCUCUCCCACCGUCACAGAUAAUCGCACGGAUAACCCAAGCGCAAGGGAAAAACCUCUUUACAUGCUCUCUCGCCGACGGCUCGACGAUGCUGGCGGAGCUGGCGCCUAUUUUCCGUGGCAAGGCAUGGAUGCGCAGGGGAGGAUUUGUUCUUCUGGAUACUGUUGCGUUUGAGGGGAGGGAUAACAAGAUUGAUGCGCUCAUUGUCAAUGUGGUCCGGAAUGACAGGGAGUGGAGGAAGAUGGAGUACUGGCCAAAGGAGUUUCCGGCGAAUACACAGCUGGAGGACAGUGAUGACGACGAGGAGGAGUCAACGAUGGGGAAGAUGCCGCCGAAUUCGGAUGAUGAGGAGUGACUGGAUAUAAUGUCUAUUACGCAAAGAAUAUCUAAGGUAA